GCUUUACACAAGAAUGACAUUAAAUAGCCUCGCAGCAAUUCCACCGCAGUUGAUAGCAGCAAUUAGCCAGCUGUGUACAGAUAACAGAUGUGCAGAGUUCAGCAUGGACACGAGCUGUGAAGAGCAGAAGUGAGCAAACUGUGGAGCUGUAAUCGAGGCGGGGCGAGAUUUGUCGACAACACUUUUCUCUCUGUCUGUUCGCUCUGCCUCAAACAUUCUCGCCAACAUGCCUCAAGCAUGAUAAUAAACUGGUUUAGCUGGGUGACGUCGGAAAAGCAAUGGAACUGAAAACUUUUGGCAUGUCCCACCUGGACUAGAAGCGCGACAUGUUGUGGAAGAAAACAUGGUGAAGAGGGCAAGAUGACGAAACUUUGACGAGUAAAUUUCAGAGGGCCAACAGUAUGGCACGUCGCUCUCAGUGUUCCUCUGCUGGGGAUGACCCCCUGGAUCCCAACUACCUCGCUCCUCACUAUCGGGAAGAGUACCGCUUGGCUAUUGACGCACUGGUUGAGGAGGACUUGGAGGGAUACUACGAGCUCCUCCAAAAAGUAGAUGAGGUGGACUUCCUGUCCACACCUGAGAUUCACUAUAUUCGGAGUGCUGUUCAGGUCCCUCAGCAGAGCAACCACCAGGAACACCAUUUCCUAGAGACUGGGGGUGAUGGCUCCUCGGACACAUACUGGCCGAUCCAUUCGGACCUGGAUGCCCCGGGCCUGGACCUUGGCUGGCCUCACCUGCAUCACUUCAAUGGACCCACAGAGGUCACCACUCUAAUUAACCCCCCUGAGCCUUACAUGCCGAGUAUCAAGGAGCAGGCACGGCGACUUAUUAAGAAUGCUCAGCAGGUGAUUGCCAUAGUGAUGGACAUGUUUACUGAUGUUGACAUGUUUAGGGAUAUUCUCAAUGCUGCCAUGAGGAAUGUUGCCGUCUAUAUUAUCCUAGACGAGCAGAAUGCACAUCACUUCAUUAACAUGGUGUCCAACUGCAGAAUAAAUCUACAGAGCAUCCAAUUUCUACGUGUGAGAACAGUAUCUGGCAUCACGUACCACUGCCGCUCAGGGAAAUCCUUCAAAGGUCAGAUGAUGGAUCGCUUCAUGUUGACAGACUGCAGGGCUGUGCUGAGUGGAAACUACAGCUUCAUGUGGUCUUUUGAGAAGCUACACCGCUGUAUGGCACACCUUUUCCUUGGACAACUUGUCUCAACUUUUGAUGAAGAGUUUCGGAUUCUGUUUGCUCAGUCGCAGCCGCUGAUGAUUGAAAAUGUGCUUGCUCCAAUGGAAGAUUUUAACCCUCUACAAAAGAUGCAAUACCCACGUGAAAGAACUUCACUGUACAGAGACCCCAGGAAGUUUCGUCCAGAUGAUGAACGUACAGAUAUGGACUGGAGAAUGAUGCCCCUUAAAAGGCAGGGAUCCUUGCAUGGCCCUGUAGAUCCGUACAGUAGGUUUCCAUCAGAGCAGUCACAAAUGGAUCCCUUGUUUGAUCAAGGUCACUCCAGGAUGCCUGUGAUGGAAAAUCCCACCUUCAAACGGCACAGUUAUGCUGAAGGUACUCAUGGCAGACACUCUUACCCAUUCCUGCAGCAACAGGGGUUGCCAGACCUUGAGACCCAGGGAAGGCAGUUUGACAGGGGCCAGCAGCCACAUGCAGGGCCAGGACCCGAAGCAGAUUACAGUGGCUAUGACAAAUUUUGGAGUCGAGACAAGUCAAGUCAUUCAGCAGAUGAGUAUUCUGAACCUGGCUUACCACAAGAGAUGGAUAACUUUGACCCUGUGCUUAACUAUUUAUCAUCUACCAGAAAUGUAGAAUUUGACCAGGGCUCAGAGAAAUUACUACCUUCAGCAGAUUUACCAUUAAGUUCAUCUUACCCUAGAAGACUGAGUUUAGGCCAGACAUAUGCAUGUCAAACCUCUCCCACACCCUCAAAUCCAACUGAUCAGAAGCAGUUUUUCCAGGAGCCUAUCACUGACUGCAAGGAUCCCAUGGUGAAACGGGGGCUAAGAAACUUGAGGAUUAGCUCGUACCUCAGUGCAUACGAUAAUCCAGGAGAUGAAGGCCUGCCACUGGCACCACCUCAGGUACCAGAUCCCUUACAAGAACCCUCUAACCCUCCCAUACAGCAAAAAGCACCAGGCAUGCACUUUUCAGUUCCUAAAAUCCCUCAUUUCAGAGAGUUUAAGAUUCCUACUUUACGCAGGGCAAGUCAGAUGCCAAGUUAUGUCAAACCCACUGUGCGAGAGCAAUCAAAGGAAUUGCCUGAUGAAAGUACUACUGUGGCAGCAGAAACCAAAACGACUCCAACACCUUCAGAAUCGUCAUCCACAACUGAGGGGGACAAGACAGAGGAAGCAGAACCAAAAGAACCGAAGACUAGUGUUGUUCGAAGGGAGGAGUCGUUCCGUAGGAAAUACAAUGCAGCAGUACCGCGGAGCUCGAGGUUAAGAUCUUCUCUGAUAUUCAGCUCUCUGGAUCAGCAUACCUCUCAAGAUACCCAAACUGCUGCAGGGCAACAGGAUGAGGAGGGUGAAAAAGAUGAGGCAAAACAGACAAAAGUACCUUUUGUUUCUCAGGUUUUGGGACAAAAAAGAUCCGCUGCAAGAGGACCUUUUGAAUGGAGUCGUUACAUAAAGUCAGCCACUGUUGAUAACUCAGCACUAGAAGCUUCCAAACCAGACGAUGGAACCAAUAAAGCUGAGGAGAAAGAUUCAUCUUCAAAAGACGAGAAUUCAAACAAUCCACCAGAAACCCCUGAGGUACAAGAGUCAUUAAAACCAUCAGAUGUCCCAUCAAUGCCCCAAUCCAAGCCUUCUGAAGCUGAGUUGCCCAAAACUGAUCAAAUAGUACAACCCCCCAAAUCUUUGCUCACUCCACUCUAUGUAGAUAUGAAUGAUCCUAUUGAGAGGCUCAAGUUUUUCAAAGAGUUGGCAGCCAAACGCAAAGCUGCAAAGGCUGCAGGAGCUGAAAAGAGUGCAGAGAAGGGUCCAAUGAAAGCACCAACUUAUCUGAAAGACAACACAACUGUUAAAAAUGAGGAAGUUGUACCACAUGAAAAAAUUGCUGAUACGUCUGUCAAAAAGCAAACCGCACAGCAGGUCAAUAAUGACCCCAAUACAUCUAAAAGCUGUGAAGAGGAACAAACCAGAGCUUCAACUGAUUCAGAGAAAAUAGAGAUGAAGAACAUCCAAUCAGCAGCAUCCCUGCCUGUUUCUGCAGAAACAGAAGCCCCUCAGAGUGAACCACCAGAAGACCAAAAGCUGUCAAAACCUGCUGUAAAAGAGUGCAGCCCCUGUCAGUCACCUACAACAACAAAUGACACACCUGCAAAUGUUCCAUCUCUUGCGCAAGGUACUGAUAAAAGUGAAAACACUUUGCCCCAUUUCAGUCCUCAGACCACCCCAAGUCCCACAGCUUCCAGCUUUGCCCCUCUUUCCCCUCCAGCAGAGACUAUAUCUUCUAAUGUCACCCAAGAAGACUCAAGCUUGACCCCAGCCUCCAACAUGCUGUCCUCAAUUUCUGACAAAAUAGGAGAACAGGAAUCUUUCAGUCCCUCCCCACCUGAAUCCUCCCAAUCAGCGGACAAAGCUUUACAAAUAUCUACUGCUUCGUCUGACAUGCAGACAGAAUCUACUCAAGCUCCAUUAGAUACUGUUUUACAGUCGACUUCACCCAAUACCCAUUCAGUAGUUGACUCUGCUCAUGUGGAAUUUGAUAUUUCACCUGAUGCAUAUGCUGCUGGUUCAGUGCCCUCCUCAUUAGAGUCUACUACAAAGAUAAACUCUGAGGAAUCUUGUACGAUUUCACCUGAUUCACAAAAAGAUGCUCCUGAAUCAGAAAACAGCCCCAUUGCAGAGGAAUCUGAGGUUUCUUCCAGUGUUGUUCUUGCAUCACCAAAGGAUGUCAAAGCUGAUAGCACACCUCAGAGCCUUAGCUCUUCAUCACCCGAGUUGUGUUUACCCAAUGUAUCUGAUCUUGAAAGUAGUAAUAAACCAUACCAAAAAGAGCCCAUUACUUCUACACCAGGAGACCCUUCACCUGAGCAAUCAGAAACUAGGUCUCUUGUCAAUCCAGACAUUCCUCCUGAUGCCUCCCGAUCUGAAACAAGUGCAUGUCUUCAAGAUGCACCAACACAAGCAAACUCUCUCUCUGAACUUAACCUGACAGGAUCUUGCUCUCCCACUCCUGCUGAAACAGUAUCAUGUUCUUCUCCUAUGUCUGAGUCAGUUGGAUCUGUCAUGUCCCCUGAGGCUGAAAGAACAGAAACGAGCAUGCUUGUAUUGCACAGUUCCUCAGAUACUGAUUCUUUAUCCAAUGAGACUCCAACAGACUCAAACAAAGCUCCAAUGCACCCAUCUACAGAAUAUUCUUCUAGCCCAACUGAGCCUACCUCGAUAGUCACAUUAGUCACAACAGAGCCUGAUCUGCCAACACCUGAAGAGUCACCUGUACCUGCUGAUAAUAGUUAUAUAGACAAUCAAAUUGAAGUAAGCAAACAGGAAUCUAAUGACCAAGCAAGGCAAAAUGACUGCUGCGAGGUGGCAGAGGUUGCAUCAGAUGAAGUUGCUCCUCUGUCACCACAGUCCAAGAAGCCAAAAUCAACCCAGUCUCGCUACCACUCGUCAACAGCCAAAGUGCUCUCAAGCAGCAACCUCAGAGAUGAUACAAAGCUGCUGCUAGGGCAAAUUUCUGCAAAUAGCCAAAGCAGGAACGAGGCGACCAAAGAGUUUCCUGUCACAGAUGAUGAGAAAGAAGAUAAAGCUGACAAAAACGCCAAAAGUGUGAAAGAAAGAAGGAUUGCGUCACUUGGCAGAGGGCCGCAGAAGUCAACUGAGGAGCGCCAGGAGCUGCUGGAAAAGCUCCAGAACAUGAGGAAGGAGAGGAAAGUUUACAGUCGCUUUGAGAUGGCACCUUAACAGGGAUCCGAAGAAAGUUGUGAGGAUGAUCAGUAUGUAUAGAAGAAAAUGCAAAAUACAAUGGAAAAGGGAAAUGAUGAACAAGACAUUUUCUCACUAAAGACAUGAACUUACAGGAUGAAACUCAUACAAAUUAAUACAGAAAUGUCGUGAUCAACAAAGGGCUUCUUUCUAUGGGUGAUUCACUAAGUUUCUUCCAGUGUGAAAAUUACAUGGACUGAGACUAUGUAUGUGUGAUCAAAUAUGUUUUUACUGACCACAUGGGUGAAGUGCAAUGUUUGCGACAGUAUCUGUUAUGUGGCCUGUCCUUGCCUUUUUCUUACAGCACUGACAGCGUUUACAUAAUUAUUAGUUGGUUUUCUGUCAAAAUGUGAUUUUCAAGUGUAAUAGAUAAUCUAAAGUAUCCUGAGCUUGUAAAAAUGUAUCAUAGUAUGCUGUCAUGUAUUUGACAAUCAUUUUAAACAAAGAUGCUGAUAAAAAUGUGUUUUUGUGAAACAGGUGGGUAUGUAAAUUCAUAUCCAUGCAGGACUGUUAAUGUUCUGAUGUAAAUUAAUUGUAAUUGUUUAAUUCUCUGAAAUUGUAAUCAAACAUAAACAAAACUGAGAUUAUGAACCGAGAUUAGUGCAUAAGUCAUUGCACACCAUGCAGUAUGUAUUGUGUUUUUUUCUUCUCUUCUCUUCUCUUCUCUUCUUACACUUAAUACAGUAAGAAUCUUUAAGGUGUUAGUUAUGUCAAUUUAAGUUAAGUUUGUUCAACCAAAUUACACGCACAAAAGAACAUAUUUUCAAGCUUACCUCUGUGGUACAUUGACAUGCAGAUACUUACUCUUCUUUUUAUUGUUUUUUUAGCCAUUAAUUCCUUUAUUAAAUGCCAAUACUGGAGAGAUGACAGUCUUAACCCAUAUUUGUACAGAUUUUGAGAUAUAUUUUACAACAAAACAAUGGAGGUAAAAAAUAUUGUUUGUGCAACAUUAGAGUCAGAUCAAAACUUAACCAUAUAAAACCAAAGCGCCCUGCAUGGCUAGACUCCACUGCAGAGAAAAUAUGAAUAUGAGUUAUUUCUUUGUAACUUGGUUGAACCAACCCUUUAAUUGUCUCUGAAAAUUUGCCUGAACCUGUAAAAUGUGCCUUUUUGAAUGAAAACCUGUCAUACCUGUUUAAACAAGAAAUUUUGAAACGACAAAGAAUUUACACAGCUAUAUGUAGAGUUGUAUUCUGCAAGUUACACUUUUUAAAAGGAUUUAUGGUUGUUAUAAAUAUUUUUUUUUAAAUUAAAAACUUGUCUCUUAUCAGGAUCAUUUAUAUCUACAUAGAAUGUGUUUUAGGGGUUUUUGGCUCCUGUGUGUCAAAUGUUUGAAUGUUUGAAUUCCAAUGAGGAAAAAUUUAUUAAUUCACAUAUUAAAUUCAUUAGCUUUAUGUACAUAUUGUCAUUUAAGUUGUUAUAACAAUUUUCUUCUAAAGUGAAGAGGAUUGAUCUUGAAGGACAGUAGCUUUGUAUAGUUAUAUGAAAUAAAAUGUUUAUGUUAAUAA